AUGUCUCUCGCCGCUGGGCCUGGUCGCGGAGGAGGCGCUGCUUCUGGGCAGCUGCCCGACGAACUGCAGCUGGUGGUAGAGAAGCAUGUCUCGUACAUCAAAAGCCUGGACACUCGUCGAGAUGAGCUCGAAUAUCACCUGACGGAACAUCUCCGUAUGAGCGGCGUGUACUGGGGCUUUACUGCACUGCAUCUACUCGGACAUCCAGAAGCUCUACCAAGAGACGGUCUGCUCGACUUCGUCUUCAGUUGUCUGCAUGAUAAUGGAGGAUUCGGUGCAUCUCCCGGUCACGAUCCUCACAUGCUCUACACGUGCUCGGCAGUGCAGAUACUGGCCAUGAUCGAUGGCUUCGAUGAGCUCGACGACAGAUUGCCAGGUGGCCGGGAGAAAGUAGCCGACUUUAUCGCCAGCCUACAGCAAUCGAACGGAACUUUUGCGGGCGACAAAUGGGGCGAGACAGACAGCCGUUUCCUGUUCUGCGCAUUACUUGCCCUUUCCCUCCUCCACAAGCUACCACAUCAACGACCGAAUGAGACGCCGAUCAUCGAUCUCAAAGCGGCCAUGGAUUUCAUCAAGUCCUGCCAGAACUUCGACGGAGCCUUUGGUAUCGCGCCAGGCGCAGAGUCGCACUCUGGCCAAGUCUACACCUGCGUUGGUGCCCUCACACUUGGCGGCGAGCUCGGCUCCUACCUUGGUGAGGAAGGCAAAGACAGGCUUGGGGCCUGGCUCAGUGAGCGGCAACUUGCCAGUGGUGGCCUCAAUGGCCGCCCAGAGAAGCUGGUUGAUGUGUGCUACAGCUGGUGGGUGCUGACGAGCAUGGCUAUGAUUGACAGAAUACACUGGAUCGAUGGCAAGAAGCUGGCCCAUUUCAUAUUGAGCGCACAAGAUCCCGACCAGGGCGGCAUCGCGGACAGACCUGGCGACAUGGUCGACGUAUUCCAUACGGUCUUUGGAAUCGCUGGUUUGAGCUUACUCCAAUAUCCCGGACUGAAAGAGGUGGACCCAGCGUAUUGCAUGCCGAAGGCUAUUGUGGACAAAGUUCUCACACGGUAG